AUGUCCACUGCGUUUAGCUUUCCAAAGAUACACUCGUUUCCUCCGUUGUACACCAAGCAGCCCAAUGCAACAAUAGCACAGCAUCAGUUGGAGUCGUGGACUCAAAUCGUGUUGGAGUACUGUGCCCACUAUAAAAUCACAUCGCUAUCACUAGCAGGAGUACCCCGUUACUCUCAGGACCAAUCGCUAGAUUUGGACACAUUGCCACCCAUCUUCGACAACAAAGAGAUCGAGAGAACCGUGAACGAAGAGUUCAAGACCACAAUCAUAAAUCACUUGAUCCAUAAGUUGCACAAGGCGGACUACAUCAACCCCAAGAACCCCAGCUUAGGCAUCUUUAUAUACUGGAGGUCGUUGACAGAGUGGAGUGAUUUGUUAUAUAGCUACGUGGACAAAUCGGGUCAAUUGGGCACGAUUCUUACCAUUUAUGAAUUGACCAAGCUGGAAGAUGCUGGCAUUCCUGACAACCUCAAAUACUUGGACGAAGAGCUAUUGAUCAAGGUGUUGAAAGAGGUGCUCAUCAAGAAGGGCAAGGCUCAGAUAUUGAUGAACGAAGACGGAGAAAUUGGGGGUGUCAAGAUUGUAUAA